UGUACAUGAGCAGGACGGAUCUCAUCUGCAAAAUGAAACUUCCAACAAUAGCUUCCACACCAGUUUGUCUUCCCUCGCCCUCAUCUCCUGCCAGACAGUCACACCUGACAGGCACCUCUAUGACAUUUCCCCUGAUAACAGAAUGUGCCAUAUGGCCGAGCAAACGGCCUAUUCCCCGACUGGACCCUUUGCAUCCACCUUUUGUCCAAAAACGAACUGUAAGCCUGGAGACGCCAGCCGUUCACUACCACAACCAUCAGAGGGCUUUAAUAAUGCAGAGAAAAGAGCAUUACAGAUGUCAUCAAGUGUGGCGAAAACCCUUUUAUGGAACCAGCAAUGAAAGAGAGGAAUACAGGAAAGACAUUCGUAACCACUUAAAAAAGCAGAUGGAGGAUAAAUGUGUAGCUCUGAAGCUUCAAUUUACUAACAGAGCAAAAGAGGCGGAGUAUCUUUGUGAAAUGGAUCGCCUAGCUUUGUCCAAAGAAAAGGAGCAAAGGAUUCUGCACAGAGCAGCUAUGACGGCAUUUAGGGAUGAGAACAAACGGCUAAUGGAGCAGGGCUGGAGGGACAGAGUGCUAACACGUUCCCAGGAGGCUCUGAAGGAGAGAGAACUGCUGCACCUCAACCCUAUUAACUGGAGUGGCACACUGAAAUAGGCUUCUCAUUCAGACAGAAAACAGCUGAUGUCUUACUCCCAACUGUGAAAUUCGGUAUAUGGUACAAGCCUGCUGGUUUAUUUUGAGAGAUUGUU